UCAAGUCUGUUGAUAAACACGAUCCAGUAAACUACCGCGCCCAUCUUUGUACUUCCAAUUCUUUUCAAAAUAUGUCUCGUUUAUAAUCGAACGUACCAAUUCCUUCAAAAGAGCCAUGUAUUACUAGAUUUCGUAAAAACUACAUUUACUUCCACUGCACUUCUUAAGUUAACAAAUGAUAUUUGAAAAUGCAUUUGAAUCAAAUAAACUUGCAAUUGGCAUCUUCAUUGAUUUUCUCAAACCCUUCGACACCAUAGACCAUGAUGAAAAAAGGAAAAAUGAAUUGAAUUGAAAUUGAAUGUUUCACAAUUUUUGAAACAGAAAGUUAAGGUCAACCAGAAAAAGAAAUGGAAGGUUCAAUCGAGCAACCCAACAAAGCAGAUAUCCAAGGAGAGCUGCUGUUGACUGGCAGCACAUUGACUGGUGAGACAGACACUAGUAAAACAGAAGCUGGCCCAAUUACAUCUAUAGAUAACGUUUGCAUGGUAAACAAUAUGGUCCAAUGCAGUGAUGGUUCUACAGUCGGAUAUCAAUUGAAUAACCCUUCUUUUAGUGGCUCUGUUGUUUACCUUAAUACCAUAAUUUAUCCAUCUGCAACACAAGGUAAUGGUGAUACAUUUCCAUCAACCACACAUCACCAGCGGCCAAGUCAAGAAUCACAGGGAGCUACAGGUAUUGCACAUAAUGGCUUUAUCUCACCACAAAUGAGCACACAUCAUGGAUUUAUCUCACCUCAAAUGAGGAAGAGUGCUACGGGCAAGGCAUUGUACACACUAAAAGGAACCAAAGAUGAACAAAUUUUCUGUCCAAUUCACUGUAACAAUGAACUGGAAUUCUUCUGCCUAACAUGCCAGAAAUCAGCAUGUAAACACUGUGAACAUGGUUUUAAUUGUUUACGAAAUAAACAUGACGUGCUUGAAAUAAAGACUGUUGUACAUGAUGUUACUAAUAAACCAAAGGACAUUCAAAAGAUGUUGAAUGAAACACUUGAUUCUAUCAAUAAAGCUAGAUCUCACUGGGAAGACCAUGUACAAGUAUGCAGAGCAGCUAUUAUAGAGACAGAGAAGAAAAUUAUCAAGACAGUUCAAGAGGAAAGCAAAAAAUUAAUUUCAGAACUUGAAAAAUUAGACAAAGAAAAGAAAGAAGAAAUUGAUAGUCAAGUUAAAGAUAUUAAUGAAAAGCAGUCUCAUGUUGAUAAUGUGAUGUCCUCAAUAAACAAACCACAAGAAAUAGCAACUCUUGUAUCAUAUAUGACAACCAUCAAUGAUUUCAGAGACUUUGAUGAAUCAUUUCAUAAAUUGAAAAUUAUACCAAAGUUUAUUGAAUUGAAGAAUUCAGGUUGCAUUGGUACAAUCAAAACUGUCUAUGGCAUGUUCAAGGUUGAUAAAGAUGAUGAAGCGAUUACUGUCACAAAAGAACAGCCGUUUGCAGUAACCGUAUCAAGCUUAAUUGAGAGCGAUGCAUGUAAAUUAUCUGCAACUCUAAGCAACCCAUCAUAUGAAGAAUCAACCACUGAGGUAGAAUAUCAAGGAAAUGGAGAGUACAAAAUAACAGGUAGAUGCACUUUGGAAGGUGACUGGCAAAUGAAGAUUAUUGUGGGAGAGGCGCACAUCAAAGGAUCUCCAGUAAAUAUCAAGGUGGAAUCACUGGGACUUACAUACCAUUGAUAACAUAUCAGAUUAUAAAGAACAUAAUAAAUCUGAUAAAGUGACAGAUGUAGUGUUAGACACAUAUGGAUGCUUAUUAGUAUCAAGCUAUAGUAAAGAUAUAUUAAAGUUCAACCAAUCAGGUUCUUUUGUUGCUAAGAUACAGGUGCCCCAAGAUGUGGAGGUCCUUAGAAUGCAUCUAAUGGGUGAUGGUCACAUGGUGUACAGUGAUUUCUUAGGAAGAUGUGUUGUAAUGUGUGAUGAUAAAUUUAAAGAAAUCAUCUCAUUUGGUAAAGGAAUAUUGAAAUAUCCAGGGGGAUUGACAGUAAACAAAAAAACUGGAGUCCUGUAUGUAGCAGAUAGGGAGGCUAACUGUGUGUUUAAAUUCAGUGUUGAUGAUGGUAGACUACUAGGUAAGAUAGGUUCAGAGGGUAGUGAAGUAGGUCAACCACAUGAUGUUACUUUAACCAAGGAAGGUCAUAUGAUCAUUGCUGACUUCGCCCAUGAUAGAAUACAAAUGUUUGAUGCAAAUGAUAAGUUUAUUCGAAUCCUUGUAGGCUGUGGUAAGGAAGAUGGUAAAGUAAGGGGUCCUUGUGGUGUAACCAUGGAUAUGGAUGAAAAUAUAAUAGUGUCAAGUAAUCAUAAACUACAAUUAUUUGAUAAAAAUGGUGUCUUCAUUAAACGAAUAGAUCAUGAAAAUGAUGGAUUAAGUAUCCCAUAUGGGAUCACUGUGAUCUCUAAUAGACCAAGAAGAGUAGCAGUAGCAAACCACAAAGCAAACAAUGUUAAAAGUUUUAACUAUUAAAUGACAUUGAAAUAUUAAGCCGUCUAUAUUAUAACUAAAAUACACAGUACAAUUUGAUUUAAAUUCUCAUAAAAAUAAAGUCACAGUAAAUAUUGUACUGUUACUUGUUAUUCCAGGACAAUAUUCAUUUAUGCCUGUUUAAAGUAAUAUACAAGCAGCAGAGUAGUUCUGCAUAUGCUCAGUUUUGACAUUAAUUAUACUAUGUUAUUCUACGUUACUCAUUAGACAAUGUUGUCAGAGUGUUGCAUCAUGUAUGUGCGAGUUACACAAAAUAGUAAUAAAAUGUCUAUAUCAAAAUGA